AUGAGCAAUGAGUACAGCAGCAUAUCCUGUAUACAUAAUCGAAGGGAUCUUAUAUAUGGACUGUGGGAUGGAAGUGUCAGAAUAAUUAGCAAUGGCACUGCGAAUUCCAUUUCUCUUAAGUCCCCAGCCACUGCUAUAUUAGAAAAUAGCUUAAACACGGCGUACAUAGGAACAGUUAAAGGGGAUAUAUGGGAAGUAAAAAAUGAAAGAGUAGCGUGCAUUAUUAAAGCAAGCAAGAGCAUAAAACACACAGAUAUUAACAUGCAGGCUGUGAUAGGCAUACACAUGCACUCUGAGGAUAUGAUAAUUGGUGUAUAUGUUCAUGGUGAGAUAGUGGUUUACAACACAAAAAAUAACACUGUUAUGAAAAAAGUCCAGAUAGACGAGAAAAUCACAAGCAGUUAUGCGGAGAAUGGUAAAAUACUGUGUAUUCUGGAAAGCAGCACCCUACUUAUAUAUAAUAUUGACUCUGACUCUGGUUUUCCCAUGAAAUCCCUGCUUUCUGACACAGAAAUUGACCAUGCAAUAUUUCUGCCAAAUACCAGACAGAAUAUCAUUGCAUAUUCUACACCAAUUGGGAAAGUCUGUGUGGAUUAUGCGAAUAGACCAGGAACUGGAUUUGUAUUCAAAGCCCAUAAGCAAGUGAAGGAGGCCAAAGAAAUAUACUAUCCUGUUACUCUCUUGCAGCCUGCAAGUGCCACCCAAGUUAUUACUGGAGGAGCAGAUGGAGAAGUUCACUUGUGGGAUGUAAAACAUAAGACAAAAGUGCGCACAAUACUCUCCACAAAGAAGUGCAUUAUCACAGGUGCCAUGAAAAGAGAUGAAAAUAAUACUCCACUUUCCUUGACUCUUGUCCUAUCAGAAGGCCUUGACAGUCUCUGUGAAAUAGAGGGAACCCAUCACUUAGUGGAGGUUUCCUUGUCUGGCAGCCUGUAG